GGCUAACCCUAAGGUUUUCUUUGAUAUGACUGUGUGCGGCAAACCUGUUGGUCGGAUCGUGAUGGAGCUCUUUGCCGACACGACUCACGGACGGCAGAGAAUUUCCGCGCCCUCUGUACAGGCGAGAAAGGCAUGGGGAAAAAAGGUAAGCCACUCCAUUACAAAGGAUCAAUCAUACACCAUAUGUGCCCCGAUUAUAUGAUUGGCGGAGGAGAUUUCACAGACGAAAGGAAAGGAUGCGGAGGCGAAUCAAUCUACGGCGGUAGGUUUUUCGAGGAUGAGAACUUCAUCAAAAAGCACACCGGUCCGGGUAUCCUCUCCAUGAACAACCGUGGUCCUGACACCAACCAAUCUCAGUUUAUGAUCUGCUUGACGGAGAACUGGGAACUCGACGAAGUACACGUCGUAUUAACAGUGUUCGGCCAAGUUGUUGAAGGAUUGGAUGUGGUCUGGAUCACUAACCCUAAGGCUUACUUUUAUAUGACGGUGGACGGCAAACCGGCUGGUAUGAUCGUGAUGGAGCUCUUUGCCGACACGACCCCGCGGACGGCAGAGAAUUUCCGCGCCCUCUGUACAGGGGAGAAAGGCAUGGGGAAGCUUGGUAAGCUACUCCAUUACAAAGGAUCAAUCAUUCACCAUGUUGACCCCGGUUAUAUGAUUGCCGGAGGAGAUAUCAUUGACGGAGGGAAAGGAAACGGAGGCGAAUGUAUCUACGAGAGUAGGUUUUUCGAGGUUGAGAACUUCAUCAAGAAGCACACCAGUCCAGGUAUCCUCUCCAUGUGGAACCGUGGUCGAAACAGCACCGGAUCUCAGUUCCGGUUCAUGGUCUUCAUGAGGGAGCUCUCAGAAUUCGACGACCAGUGCGUCGUGUUUGGCUAA